AUGGAGUUUACCCGCAAGCGUAGCAGAGAGCUGUUGAAGGGCAAGUUGAUGGGUUUGCACAGAGGGAACAAGGCAUCUUCACCAAGUAACAAGGCAAAGCCGAGCUUAUCAUCUUCAUCCUCUGGUACUGUGGGACACGUGGCUCAUCAGGACUACGUAAUUGCACAGUCAAAGCCGAAGGUUUCGUUUGUGGUGGCAGAUAAUAAACGCAGUGACGUUGUUGCUCAGUUGGAAGACAUAUAUGGGGUAGUCGCUGAUGAGAGCGUGGACACUAAAGCUGAUCUGUAUAUAUCUAGAGUUCAAGAGCGUUUCAAGCUUGAGCGAUUGAACUCAGAACGCAUGAGGUUUCAGGAAUCAAGUUAGAUUCUGCUCUUUGUCUGGCUUCCAUGUAUCUAUCGUCAAACUUCCUUAGUCUUCACAGUUAUAAGUUGUAACUGCGUUUUCCUUUCUUGUCUUUUCUUUUUUCUUUUGAGAUUGUAACUGUGUUUUCUCUCAAGUCUAUACAAUACCAACGGCAGCAGAAUUACCAAUCCGUUUUAA